AAACAUUUCUAAUCAAAUUUUAACUUUUUGGAAAUGAAAAUAAAUUCAAAAACAAACAAAUAGCAUUUAAAAACCCCCUCGACUGUUAAAAUGCCGUCAAAGAGUACGAGCGCCAGUCAAACCAGAAGGAAGGAUAUUCUGAUUCAGAUGUCGCAGCUGGCCAGCCAGAUCAAGGAGUUGCAGGACACCUAUCAGCGGGUGCACUUGCAGCUGAAGCAACUGCGAAUGGUGGCAGGCCAGAGUCAGCGAACAAACAAGAAACGUACCCGCAAUCAUAUCCAUCUGAUCGUGCAGCAAAUAAGAACAAAGCUGGCCCAAGAGCAGGGUAUGCUGUCUAUGCAGACGUCUAACAUACUGAGAAAAAAGAUGAAAAUGCUGAAACAAGUGGCCCACAAGACGCCUCAAAGCUGGAAGUCUUUCAAGUACGUCAUCAGGCGCUUGGACUUGGCAAUGUCUGGCCUGCUGCCCAUAGAGCUGGUUCUCAGCAAGGCCCCCAGACAAAGUGACAAGCCGAGGCCAUCAACUGAUGCGAGUCUUGGACACUAUCGUGUGCCGUCACCAGUAGAUAGAGCAAGUCUGCGCUCUUCUUUGCCACUGUCCAUAGGUGUUUUAAAGGAAGCUACUCCUAAGAUCCGCUCCGUUGAAACAUCUCUGACCACGCUAAAAGAAGAGCCCAGGCGGAGCCAGACUAAAGAGAAAAGCUCCAAUCGCCGGCGAAGUCGUAAACAAAAGUCUAGUCCCAGGCCCAGAGCCAGACCCAAGAAGGCUGAAGUGAAGACAGACAGUGAAGUGCCUCAGGAUAUCACGGUGAAGGCGAAGCUGGAAAGCAGCCGAACCCCGGGUCGCAUUCAGAAAGAUUUCCAGAAAAAAUCCCUCUCAAAAGGGACAAAGAAACACACUAGCAAAAAACGAUCUGCCAUUACCACUAAACAAAUCUCCCAGAUAUCUAUUUCUGACACGGAAAGUUUUAGAAAGUAUGUAAAGAUUCCCAAGAUUCGGACCAUCGAAGUUGAUCCCGAACCCAAGAAAACUAGUGCAAGUGUCGGAUUUUCUAUUGAUCCUCAUGCACAAAGCUCAUACAACGCGUCAAGUUCCUAUAACUCGAAUGUAUCAGUAGCGCCUGCAAUAGACUCUUACAUUAGCUCUAUUGGUUCCGUACAAAAUUCGAGCACAGGGUAUAGAAAGCCGUUUAAUCUCAAUAGCAGGUUCAGGUAUACUGAUCCUCUUAUAGGAGGGACAAAGACAGGGUCUAAAGAAAGUCUUCACAAGCCUUUGGACAUAAUGGCCUGUAUCCGAAGUGCCAUCACCAUCAGCAUGACAUCCUUUAUCAGUAAAGUCUCCUUUAAUUUCGAGGUCGAUGAUGAUGUGCUGGAGGAGGACAACCUACGCGAGGACAGGGUUAAGAAAGAGUCGCAUCAGCGCCAGAAGCGAGUUCAUCAUUCACCCAGCCUCACUGAUCAUUCCCAUAUCGAAAUAGAUACAACAGUUCCCGAGCCCGUGCACGAGCAGCUCGAACUUAAUGUGGCAGAGCUGCGUGAAGGCUGGGAACGAUAUUUUGCUGAGCUGGAGAAGUCACCCAUGGAGCUGUUGCUCGAGCAGCGCCGCAACGAGAAAGCCGCCCUUGAAGUCCAGCGACAGGAAGCCCAGCUGAAGGAAGCCGAACGACAGAGACGCCUGCUCGAAAGGCAAACCAAGCCAUGGCGGUGGAGGCGCACAAAGAAAAUGGUCCAAGACGACGACCCGACGUCUGGCCUCGUUCCACAAUCAGAGAAGGCGCAUCACGAAGUGUGCCCAGAGUGCGGAAUGUCCUUCUGCUACUCAGAACACAAUGAACGCCCAAUUAUCGUCACCAAAGACAUGAUCAACAAGUUUAAGUAUUUUCGAGCAGGCUGAUUUUGUGAAGUUUUAAGAUUAAAAUGAAAUUGAGCGUUCCAUAUGGCUUGG